UUAGUUUGUCAACAACUGGCAUUAGCUUCAUCAGUUAAGAAUCUAUCUUUCUUGUGAUAAUGCGAGCUGAGCCUCGUGUUUCGGGGGGCACAUCAGAGGUGGUUCACCUCGCCUUACCCAAAGGAACGGAGAAGGUGUGUGAACUCUGUCAAGAACCAGCGCGCCUGCAAUGCACCGACUGUCUGGUCACCUUUUACUGUGAUGCAGAGCACCAGCAGGCUGACUGGGUGGGAAUCCACGAGAGAAUCUGUCAGCUGCUUGUUCCCAUUCGCACCCCGACAGUCGCUAGUCUCCAGCAGGCCGGCCGCAUUGAAACAAAGCUUAAAAAGGUGGAGCUGAUUGAGAUUUGCAGGUCGGUGGCUCAGUGCAAGCUGUCUGAGGGGAAACACCAGGAGGCUCUGCAUGCCGCCCAGUCCUGCCUGCGCCUCUCCAUAGACAUCCAUGGCCCCAGUACCGUCCAACUGGUCCCUCCCUACCUGCUACUGGCUGAGGCUCACAUGGGUUUGGGUAAUCUAGCCCAGGUAAUAGAGCUCCUGUCCCAAGCCGAGUGGGUGAUGUUGAAGAGCCCAGAACACUCACCAGUUCACCACCAGCUGCACAGGAGCCUGGGCCGCCUCCACAUAGUGACUGGAAACCUGGAAGCAGCUCUGUUUAACUUUGCAAAUGAUAUUUACUAUGCCAGUGAGGAGUAUGGUCUGGAUAGCACAGACACCUGUGGCGGCUACUUUCUCAUUGCUGGUGUGUUUGCCAAAAAGGGGGAGCUGCCCGUUGCUCGUUCCUUGUACUCUAAGGUGGCACAAAUUUGGCACUGCCAUUUCACCAAACUCCUCGAGACCCACGCCCAAAAUCCUGACAAGGUGUUGGAGCCUUCUUAUGACGAAGCCCAGCGAGUUGAAGUGCACGAUAUGCUAAAAACCAUGUUGGAGUUUGAGCAAAACUACUCCAGAAAAGACUCAGCUCAGAUUGCACAGGUGGCCCACUGCCUGGCCAUGCUGUGGUUCUUUGGAGGAGACUUCCUAAAGGCACUGGGAUUUGGCAGCACUGCCCUGCAGGCCAGCCAGCUGAUACCAAACCAUGACCUGACAGACUGUAUCCAGGGCCUGCUGCAGCUGGUGCAGAGUCUGCAGACGGAAUCACAACCUGGUUCUGACUAGUCAUCGUACCUGCCCUGCCAAUCCCUCUGCUUACAGAUCUGCUUCACCGGGACAUCUGUUUAGCCCUACAAUGAUUCACCCAUGUAAAUGUAGAGAUCAAUGAA